UUCCGGGCCAGCGCAGGGGUGGACCAGCUUGAUUGGAAAGUGUGGCUCUUGCGCCUGUCUCUCCCUCCUGGAGACCUUGCCUGCCUGGUCGAUAUUAGCAGCACUUUCUGGUGUCCCUCCUGGAGACCUUGCCUGCCUGGUCGAUAUUAGCAGCACUUUCUGGUGUCCUCCCUGUGGACCUUGCCUGCCUGGUCGAUAUUAGCAGCACUUUCUGGUGUCCUCCCUGUGGACCUUGCCUGCCUGGUCGAUAUUAGCAGCACUUUCUGGUGUCCCUCCUGGAGACCUUGCCUGCCUGGUCGAUAUUAGCAGCACUUUCUGGUGUCCUCCCUGUGGACCUUGCCUGCCUGGUCGAUAUUAGCAGCACUUUCUGGUGUCCCUCCUGGAGACCUUGCCUGCCUGGUCGAUAUUAGCAGCACUUUCUGGUGUCCUCCCUGUGGACCUUGCCUGCCUGGUCGAUAUUAGCAGCACUUUCUGGUGUCCUCCCUGUUGCUCCAGACCAUGCUGAGUGGCAAGGUGGCUAUGGUCACUGCCUCCACCCAUGGAAUUGGGUUCGCUAUUGCCAGGCGUCUGGCACGGGACGGUGCCCAGGUCAUGAUUAGCAGCCGUAAGAAGGAAAAUGUUGACAAGGCACUGGAACAGUUGCAGGCGGAGGGUCUCUCUGUUUCUGGCAUCGUCUGCCACGUGGGCAAGAGGGAGGACCGUGAGGCACUGGUCAGCAAGACUCUGGAGCGCCACGGGGCCAUCGACAUCCUGGUGUCCAACGCCGCGGUCAACCCUUUUGCGGGGAGCACCCUUGACUGCUCGGAGACGGCCUGGGACAAAAUUUUUGAGAUUAAUGUGAAAGCACCUUUCCUCCUGGCCAAGCUGGUUGUGCCGCACAUGGAGCAACGCGGCGGUGGCUCCAUCGUGCUGGUGGGCUCCGCCGCCGGCUACCAGCCCUUUCCUGCCAUCGGGCCCUACAGCGUCAGUAAGACAGCUCUGCUGGGCCUAACCAAGGUGCUGGCCAAUGAACUGGCCCCUGCCAACAUCCGCGUCAACUGCCUGGCUCCAGGUGCCAUCAGGACCCAGUUCAGCUCGGUACUGUGGUCAGAUGACAGCUUGCGCCAGAAGCUUGAGGCAACCAUCGCCAUGCGCCGGAUCGGUGAGCCAGAUGAGUGUGCUGGCACUGUCUCCUUUCUUUGCUCGCAGGAUGCUGCAUACAUCACAGGGGAAACCAUCGUGGUGGCUGGAGGCUUUCACAGCCGUCUUUGAGCUGAUGUUCUGGCUGUGGAAAUGCUUUCCUCAACUGUCAAUCCAGUUGCCUUCCAGGAAUAUUUAUGCUACUCUAAUAUUUAUAAUCUUCUGCUUCUCUUUUUACUGACUGAUACAAAUGCAUUUUCUGUUCUCUCACGCAUCUCUCAUUUCCUUCAAUCCCUACAAUCCUCCGAGAUUCCAGAUUCCUCUUGUCUCAGCAUUUGAAUUUCUUCCUUGGUUACUGGCUGUGCCUUCAGUUGUGUAAUUUCUGCAAUUCCCUUCGCAAAACUCUUAUCCCUUGCUCUUCAAUUAACCUGCUGUGAAUAGCGUCUCAAUAUCAGCUUGAGCAGGGGCUUCAUUAAUUUUGUCUGAUAGUUUCUCAUGUGAAAUGUCGCCUGAGAUUUUACUGAUGAUAUAAGAUGAUAUAAAUAUCAUCUGUUGUGAUGUGUGAUUACAGUCUUAAAAUUUUACAGUUAGCACUUAAUUGCUGUCUGGAAUGACUGGACAAAUCAAUUGUUUCAAAUCUCUGAUCCCUUGGGCAUUCUCUGAAGUUUCGGGAAUUUGGGAAAAUCAUAACAAGUCCGUGUAUCUCCAAAACUGAGGAGGCAAGCCAUCAGAUCCUGAGCAUCUUUCAGCUCUAACAAAAACAUCACCCAUAGUCAGAUGAUUUUCAACCAUCAUGUAUUAAAAUAUUGCUUCCACUCAGUAGAGAUUAGAGAAAGAUCAAAAAACAAAGUUGCUGGAAAAGCUCAGCAGGUCUGGCAGCAUCUGAGAAUCAUAGAAUCCCUCCAGUGUGGAAAUAGGUCCUUCUGCCCAACAAGUCCACACUGUCCCUUGGAGCAUCCCACCCAGACCCAUUCCCCUAUAAGCCACUAAUCUACAGACCGCGAACACUAUGGGCAAUGUAGCAUGGCCAAUCUCCCUAACCUGCACAUCUUUGGACUGUGGGCGGAAACCGGAGCACCCGGAGGAAACCCACACAAACACAGGGAGAACAUGCAAACUCCACACUAGUCAGUCGCCUGAGGGUGGAACUGAACCUGGCUCCCUGGCGCUAUGAGGCAGCAGCGCUAACCACUGAGCCACCGUGCCGCCCCAUGAAGGAGAAACCAAAGGUAACGUUUUGAGUCCGGUGACCCUUGGGCUUCAAAAUGUUAACUCUGUUUUCUCCUUCACAGAUGCUGCCAGACCUGCUGAGCUUUUCCAGCAACUUUGUUUUUGUUCCUGAUUUACAGCAUCCGCAGUUGGUUUGGUUCUUAUUGAGAUUGGAGAAGGAAUUGAAUGAGUUUUUUAUCCAAUAAAGUAUUUUCAUAUUCAAGUGCAUUGUACAAAGUACAUCAGCCACAUGGUUUAUACCCUGUUCAAUCAAAUGUUCGAUACAGGAAUUAAUCACUUUUCUUUAAUGUUAAGACAACUAAUUUGUUAUAAAUUGAAGGAACAAUA